AUGCUCCUCUUCUUCUUACUUUUCCCUUUCUUUCUUUCUUUCUUUCUUUCUUUCUUUCUUUCUUUUCUUUCUUUCUUUCUUUUUCUUUCUUUCAAGACUUCUAUUCCUUUUGUCCCUGAAAAUCUAAACGCUUCUUGCCAUGUUUUUCAUGCUCAUUUUCGUCUUACUUUUCAGUUUCUUUCUUUUUUCUUUCUUUCUUUCUUUCUUUCUUUUAAGAUUUCCAUUCCUUUUGUCCCUGAAAAUCUAAACGCUUCUUGCCUUGUUUUUCAUGCUCCUCUUCUUCUUACUUUUCCCUUUCUUUCUUUCUUUCUUUCUUUCUUUCUUUCUUUCUUUCUUUCUUUCAAGACUUCUAUUUCUUUUUUUCUUUCUUUCUUUCCUUCUUUCUUUCUUUCUUUCUUUCUUUCUUUUAAGAUUUCUAUUCUUUUUUGUCCUGGAAAUCUAACCGCUUCUUUGCCAUGUUUUCAUGCUCAUUUUCUUCUAAAUUUUCUGAUUCAUUCUUUCUUUCUUUCUUUCUUUCUUUCUUUCUUUCUUUCUUUUAAUAUUUCUAUUCUUUUUGUUCCUGAAAAUCUAAACGCUUCUUGCCAUGUUUUUCAUGCUUAUUUUCUUCUUACUUUUCAGUUUCUUUCUUUCUUUCUUUCUUUCUUUCUUUCUUUCUUUUAA